CUGACGCCCCCCCGUCUCUUAUAAGCCAGAAUUUUCUCUCGCCUCUCCAUCCCUCCACUGGCCUCCCCUCUCUCCUCCGAUCUUUUUCUCUCGUCCCGGCCCGUUGUUCCCUCCCCUCCUCUCGUUCGGCCUCUCUGCCCUGCGAAGUUACCAUCCUGCCCUUGGUGGGCCCCACGGCCAUCAAUCUCCUGGAGAUUUUUUUUUCCUCCUCCCAAUUGUUUUUAUUUGUUUCUUUUCUUUGCCUCCUCCACAUACAUACAUAUCCCGUCACCAGAAACCGCUUUCCUCUCCAUCGACGGCUCCCCUCGGCUGGUGCUGCUGACGUGGCGAGGUCCCGGCCGUCGAUAUGUCGCUGAGCGAGAAGCUGGAAGCGGCGCGUAUCGCCCUGGGCAAGCGCAAGGAGCGGGAGCUGCAGCAGCUGGGCCCCGCCCCGGCCCCGGCCCUAGCCCCAGCGCCUGCCGCUGCGACUAAAGCCGAGCUGUCCAAGCCGGCUCGGGCCGGCAACAACAACAAGCUGCUAGCCGGGAACCUGGCCCACGAGUUCCUGACCCACGGCACGCUCCUGGGCCGCCGGAUCGAGCCGAGCCAUCACCACCAACCCGCUGCCGCGGCCGCCUCCCCGCGGCCCGAGCCCGAGCCGAAGAGGAGGUACGCGGAGCUGUCCUGGCUGCUCAUGACGAACGGGGCCCACAUCCCCGGCGUCGUCAACCCCACGCAGCUCGGCCGCUGGCUCCAGAUAAAGGAGUGACGCCGGCGGCCGCCGCCCCCAUCGGCGCCCAGAAGAACCACCACCACCAGGAGGAGGAGGAAGGGCCGCAGCACAUCAAGACAAAGCGGUUUCGUCGUUCGCCUCGCCUCUCCCAUCCCCUCCCCUUGUCUUCUUUCUUAGAUCUAGCGAGAAAACUUGUUGCUGUUGCUGUUGUACUUAGCGCUAUCCGUUCGAUGCAUUGGCACUGCUAGUCUUUAAUUUCUUCUACCGUAUCA